AUGAGUGAUACACAACCCUUAAUAGUGCGCAAGCGGUCUACCUCACCAGACCCUCGCAGCCAGGAUGGCUUUACCGGAAAUGCCACUAUUCAACCUCCUGCGCAAGAGGACUCUCUGCUUUCGAAACUACACUCUUUGGUGGCCGCACGCACGAAAUUGCCCAUCCUCGUCGGGCUGCUCCUGAUAUGUUUGCCUACUGUCUACCUCUAUUCUCGCGAGACCAGUCGAGACCACCAAAAGCGAACCGACACCAGCAUCCUCGUCUGGACCUUCAUCCUGGGUGGCACCGUGGGCAUAACCGUCGCCAUGCUCGCGCAAUCUGUCCUCGCCUACCUCCUCGCCGUGCUCUGCUUCAGCGGCCACACCAAUGCGGUGGUGUAUCUCGCCGAGACGGUCAAAACUGAAGACGACAUCAUAGACGAAGCUCACUGGAAGAGACGGCGGGAAAUGUCCCAUCGCCCGGCGUAUUGGGUGUUUAUGAUGCUCUUCGCGUUCGUGGUUGCGGGCCUGGUGGAGGAGUCGAUCAAGUACAUUGCUAUCACAACGAUGCUUGGCUGGGCGCAGCGAUCCUCCCACGGUGCCGGAGACGUCAUCAAUGACCGUGACUACAUGACCGUUGCCGUUGCGGCGGCCUUGGGCUUCGCCACGGUGGAAAACAUGACCUUCCUGGCCGGUGCUGCCCGCCAGCGCAAAGAUAGCGGUGGUUCUGGUUCCUCUGCGGGAGGUGGUGCCAUCGCUCUCCUGACGGCCGUGGAGAGAGCAGUGAUAGGCACACCGGGACACUGCAUGACCGCAGCGAUGAUCGGAGCCAACAUGCUCGUGCGCGCACGCCACGAUAGCCUUGGAAAAGGAGGACAACACAGCACUCUCGCCAGCAUCCUCACCACCUGGUCGAUCCUGCGCGAUCCGGUCCUCUUCCACGGCUGCUUCAAUUUUAUGCUCUUCGCCGUCAGCGCCCUCGAGGGCAACGUCGGCUGGAUCCAUCCGCGGGGCUGGCGCACCGUGUGUUUCGUCCUCGUGGUCGCCGUGUCAUUGCAGGCCACCCUGGCACUGGUGCUCAGGGCCAAGUUGCGCGAAGCGGGACUUUUGUGA